UAGACAUGCAAGUCGCCUGCACCUACCAGGAGUUCGUUAUUCCCAUUUCCCGGGAACGUGCAUUUAAGGGGAUGGCCGUCGAUGUGCACAAUCUUGUUGUUAAGGCGGCCCCUCAUAUCAUGAAGAGCGUCAAAACCAUCCAUGGAGAUGGAGGACCCGGAACCAUCAGGGAGUGCACCUAUACCAAAGAAUCUGGAUGCUCGGCCAUUGUGGGCACGUUGAGGGUCGACAUCCUCGACGCAAAGAACUUCGUUUACAGGCACACCAUAACGGAUGGCGAUGCAUACAGGAUGAUGUAUUCGGUGAUCGUUGAGAUGAGAUAUGAAGCUCUAGGCCACGACAAAUGCAUAUGUAAGAUGUCAACUGAGCACCACCCAAAGGAAGGUAUCACGUACAAAGAAGAGGACAUCGAGAAGGGCAAUAGAACCAUGAUGGCGCUCUACAAAGCCAUGCAAGAUUACCUCGUCGCAAACCCCAAUGCCUAUGUUUAGAACAUGUGAUGGAAUUUCACUCUGCUUUGAUCUAGUUGGCUUCCUUCCGAUUGCGAUGUAAUUACUCUCUCAGUUCCGAGACUCUUAUAGCUUAUUCAAAUGUCUAGGCAUAUACUUCUAGCUAUAUAUAUAAGACAGCUUAGAUAAGAUUGAAACUAUCAUUAUUAGGUGAAAAUGCAAUUAAAUAGUCAUUAAAAGCGA